AUGCCUCUCAUCGCUAACCAAUAUCAACAAAAUGGAACGAAGACAAUCGAUUUUGUUCUGCUUCCGCCUCCUCCUGCAACACUGCAGACCAUACAUUGUGUCAACAUCUGUGAGCCCUACCCAAGUCGUGCAAAUGUAGGAGUCUCCCAGAUAAGCAUACCAUUGGCAUGGAACAGCGAUCAACAUUUCAAAAGCAAAGGAGAGACUCGAGUGUACUCGAUGUUUGUCGUACUGCAAACAAAAACUCGUGUCAUUGAUUCGAGUACGGUAACUAAUGUAGAUAGAACAAUGACGGAUGUCGUAUUUCCGGACUCUUUCAUAUUCGAAGGAGAGCCAGACGAUUUCUGUAUAGAGAUGACGCUGUAUGCUGCUAGAACUGACCCCUUUUUGACAGAUGGUAAUGGAGGUCUACGAACGAGGAUAGCACGAUCCUUAGGCAAGAAAUUCGGCAGUUAUGUGAAAAGUAAUUUGAACACUACAGAGCCUUACAGUUUACGAGGAAACUGCAUAGGUUCAACAAACUACAAUCUGCUAGCUAGAGCUUAUUUAGUACUCACAGAUGCCGGAGACGAUUGCAGAAUACAUGAUCUUCGAAUGUCAGCAUUUGCCGGCUUGUCUGGUCCCCCAUUGUAUGGGCAUGUACUAUGUCGCUUAGCCGUACAACCUCAUUCCGUGCUCAAGCCCCUGGCAGAAGGCAUGAUAACCAUAAAACCUUUACUGGGAGGACUUCAUCUGAGGAAUGUGCGGACUAGACUACAGGCUGGCUACCUUCACUGCUUCACCAACCAAAAUUUUCAUCAGUAUCCAUCUACAGAAGAAACAAUGUUGCUCGUACCAAUUACUUCGAAGACGCGGAUUUUGUACACCUCUCAUCCUAACACACUUCUCAUGUCGGCAAAAAACUCCAAUGAAGCGGAGGGCUACGACUUUUACAUCACGGCGCAGAAUUACAGAGCGAUGCAAGAAUGGAAGAGAGCCAUAGAGAUGCAAAUUGAUGAUUGUGCCAUAUGGGGUGAUUUCGCAUAUCGGCACACCAAAUUAACGUUUGAAAAACCGGUUGACCCCGUCAAAGAAACGCUCAGUCGAGCUAAAGGGAAAUGCCUCUACGAUAAGAUAGGUACCAUUUCCUGUGACAGAGACAUGCUCAAGGCCCCUCCGUCUUACUAUAUACAACCUUCUACAAAUGAUGCUGCUCGUACAGCUCCUGCUAAGCGGAACAAACAAAGGGCUAACGUCCUGCACUAUUUUGAACCGGAUGCUUACGAAAUAGAGAAUCGUGGAAAGAGAAGUCGACAUAGUCCAAAAAUGUCUCGAGAAGAUAAGAUGGGUCCAAGAAUGUCUCGAGAAGAUAAGAUGCAAGACUGUACUGUUGAAGUUACUCGAUUAUGACAGCGCGUGAAAAAGGAAAGAAUAAAUUGCU